AUGGAACUACGGGAUGCUGCCUCAUAUCCUCGGGAGUCAACAUCUAUCAGAGAUGGGGAAGAGCUUCUCCCAUUCCAAGCCACCCUCGACGCUAGCCAUGACUUCGGCAACGACUCCUUCGACUGGGAUGGUAGCCUUUCCUUGGAAUCCUGCUGUGUGCCAGAUAUCUUCCCUUUGCAACUUGCCUCGAGCACGGUCUUCGACGACAUAGGCAUGAGGUCCAGCGCGUCACCUGCUUCAGCUCAAGCCGAGACCGGCAGGAAACAGAAGAAAGAAACGUAUGCGGAUCUGAUAUACAAGGCGCUCAUCAGCCAAGACGCACAUCAAAUGACGUUAAAGGACCUCUAUCAGUGGUUCAUAGAUAACACCGAGAAGCCAAAGGAACGGCAACGAGGCUGGAAGAAUAGUGUCCGCUCCAACCUUAGUCUGAACCAGGCAUUCCAACGACUUGAAGGCAAAACGUCUCGCUGGAGUCUCGCAGCUUGUUUCGUAGAGGGCAUUCGCCCAACGCAUAACUACCGAAACUCCCGAAGGAGAAACAACCCCGUCAUAUCGACCAAGAAAAACAGAAUGGUGGUCCCUAAACCUCUGGUCUCGAGGAUUCGCAAGGCCCGGAGCAAGAACCUCAGACGUCCCGCAAGCCGUAUCGACCCCCAAUCUUCAGAUGGCGUCUCGUCCUACUCGUUACAAAAUCAACUGUUGGCCGAGCACAUCCCUGACUUCCAGAAAUGGGGUUCCACAGCCACCAUCCAGGCUUCCUAUUCCAUGAUGUGGGAUGCAGCAUGGCCUCUUGGGGGUUCCAAGUAUGAGCCUGCGUGGAUCGAUUUGGAGACGCAUCUGCCAUGGUGCUGUGCGUUUUCCCCUUCCCUUGGGCUGUGGUAA